AUGGACUUUGAGAUCCUGUCUGAUAGCACGAUACGUGCUCGUGCUGUGAAUGAACUUGCUGAAUACUCGGCCAAAAUGCCAAAAAACGAGAAUCCGGAGUCCAACGGAUUGUACAAGACGUUUCUCUCCAGACUGCUUCAAGCCGCUACAUUUGGAAACUCCAAGUCAUCGUCGAUCUCACCUCGCGAGGUGGAAAACGUGAUAGCUCUUUGCAAGUAUCUCGAGAAUUCAACAGAUGUUGCCCAACUGGACGUUGUUUUUGAAAAAUUAAGCUUAUUUUUCAUAAGGUUGCCUUCGUUGAACGUGCUGUCACCAGUAGGAACCUCGUCUUGGCCCACCACUCAGACCGAACUUGCUUUCACUCUUACCAGUGCUUUUUGCAAUGCUAGUUCCAAAUCACCAGCUUUGAAAUCACAGGUAGAGAGCUCAUUUUUGUCUUUCUUGGAGAAUUUCAAGGUUGGAGCUCAAUCUCCGUUGAGGCUUAGUUACUAUUUCGCACUCAUUGGGUUCAUUGAUGCGCUCCAAAAGUCAGUCUUUUUUGUCACAGCAUACUCAUCUUCAAUCAUACAGAAACUGAUUGAUCUGCUCACAGCUCAAUUUUUCAUCCAAGUCGAAGUCUGUAUGUCUGAAAUCUCCGAGAUUGAGGACCAAAUGGCUAUCUCAAGAUUCGAGGCUGAAGACUCGGAGUUCAGCUCUCUUCUCUUGAUGAAACUUUAUAAACAGUUGCUGGUCGAACACUUAAAGGGACACACGACUCCAGAGGCGAUGACUGAAUCUCUACUUCCGUCGAUUCUGAAGAGAGCUGUCUCAUCCCAAGUCGUCAAUGGUAACGGAAACGGAAACGGACACAUCGAAGAAUCAGAGGAAUCGCGUGAGUUCACCACGGUUCUUAAGCAAAUCACUGAACACAGCAUCCAGGAUGCAAUGGCAUUUGAGGCUGGCGGAAAUGAUAUUUUGUUGUCCACAUACAGUCGCCAGCAAAUGGCAUCUUGCAUUCAAGCAUCGUCACUGCAGAUAAUUGCCUUGGGUGUCGAGAAGGGCGUGGUGGACCUUUCUGAAGUGGAAAACAUAACCAAACGCUUUAUGGGGGACCCAUCUAAAGUAGCAUAUCACCAAUUGGCCGACUCUCUGUUUGGACUGGUGGCCAUGUUGUCUUUCAAGAACAGAAAGAUGGCUCAUUUGCUUGCCAGAAAGUUCCCAACCCUGUUACUCAGCCAUGGCCUCACAGGUGAAUCUGCAUCGGCAGUUGCUGCUUCUGUGGCUAUCUCCUUGAGCAGGCUUUCUCAAGAAGACAUUAUAUCCACCGUUUAUUCAAUCACCAACAUUCUCGCACCCACAUCUGAUUUUGUCACCCAAAGAAAGAAGUCUUUCAGAAAUGUUUCAGGGCUGGAACCCCCCAAAAGGAUUUCAAGUCGCACCAUGAGCCCAGUCUCGUCUUUGAGGUCUGUGGGUUCAGCUCAGAGGUCAGUUCUGAACCAUAUUGGACACUCUGACUUUGGAGUCGAACUCACCAGCCAGUCUUUCGAAAAUGUCCUUGCUGCUGCGGUUUCGUUCUGCAAGGUUCUUGACGAUGAGCAGAUUACGGUGCUGAUGGUGACCAUUCUGUGCCAGAAAUUCGGAAGUGUUUCCAAGUCUCUUGACAUCAUGUUGUUGAAGACACUUGGAACCUUCAUGCCAAUCGUUGACGAACGCGAGUUCUUGCACAUUCUGAAGCUUUUCACCGAGGGAGCCUUGAAGGCUGUUCGCAAAAGUGACAGCGCCCAUAAGGAUGCAAUUAUUGACAUAUGGGUUUCUGUUUCCGAAUCAGUUGCUAGCUUAUCCGACACCGAGAUAUAUCGCGUAUACUUGCACGAGCUUUUGAUCGGAAUAGCCAACAGAGGAGACGAUGUGCGUGACUUAGAGCAUCAUAGAUCAAACACAGAAGUCUCAGCAGUUGCUCAGGAAAUAGCGAUCUAUUUCAAGCCAUUGGCACACUUGUUCCCAUCGCUUGAUACUGAGCCCGCAAAGUUCACGGAUUUGCAGACAAUCAACCUCUUCAAGGAUGCCUGGUUCAACCUUGUUGUUCACGGAUACUCUCUCAAUUCAGAGAUAGGAAUUCUGCACAAGGAGACUCUAAAGAGAAUUGCAUACAGUUCCCCUCCUCUUGCGGAUGAGUAUUCGUGGAGCAGAACUGAGACUUCCAUUGAGCUCAACAGUGUUCUCAGAAGAGGAACCUCGAAACAUACCGAAAAACUGCACAAAGACAGUCUUUCAAAGACUUUUUCCCCCAAGGCAUUGGACAAUGCUGUUUUUGAGUUUAAGAUUUCGCGCCCCAAGCUGAUGUUUCUGGCUGCUACGCUGUUUUUGGAGGAUUUGCGAGUUGAAACAGGCGACUGUUCCACCUCUUUGAUCUACUUCUCUGACCCUAGUGUUGCGAUAACUGGAGUCCAGAAGUAUAUUGGUAACAUUGCCGUUUACAUUACUCUGAAGUUCAUCAGAGAAGUUCACAGAGGUGGGUCAGCGACGUUUGCAAUGGAUAACGUAUCUGAGCAGCUGAAGAAAAUGCUCAUUUUGUGUUGUCACAGAGAUUACGAGUUGCAAGAUGCAGCCUUUCAGUGCUGCAACUAUCUCAUUCAGAAGAUUCCCUCUUCUCUGUGUCACCACACAAGUUUGUUUUCGUUGCUUGACUUACUAUCGUUGCUCUUCCAGAGCAUAGUUGAUGCGGACACUAAUGAGUAUGAGCCAAAGGUGAAGUUUCAAGCAACAGCAUCUAACAUUACUCUGAACUUGUCAGACUCUUAUGAAUGGAGGCGUGCGGCUUGGCAGAAGCUGCACAAGUUUGGAACUUCAUGGACGAAACUGGCCCUCAUGAAGUGCAAUUACGACAUGAAAUCACUUCUACAGGCUUACAUUUCUCAAAUAGGAUUGCUGAACAUCGGCAAUAUACAUUUUGGAGUGUCUUUUGCACUUGAAAUGGCAGGUUCAGUGCUUCCAAGUGAUCGCGAGCUUUCCAAUUUGGGUGUUGAUGCUUAUUCAAAGACCAAUACCUUGGCAGGCUUUUUGUCCCAAUUCCAAUGGAGAAACAGCUUCAAGAAUGACAUUUUGAUCAAAGUUGCAAAGUUCAAAACCGAGGGCUCACCAUAUCUUCCUGGUAAUGUUCGCAGAGAGCUUCAAAGUAUCGAAACCAGACUGCAUGAGAAUGUUGCCAUCCCAUCACAGGAGCUGAUGAAUGUGCUUGGAGAUUGCACCGCUGUGGUGAUCAUAUCUCCAACACUUGCUGCUGGAUUCAUUGGUUGUCUGGUUAGAAUACCUUUCAAGGUAUUUACUUCUGAAAUCAUUGAUUUGGCGAUUGGGUUGUGGCUUACUGCCAUUAAAGAGAGACCAGACGCAUCCGCAUAUAUUCUGGCGCAAAUUCUUUCGCUCUGGGAGGAGAAGAUCCGCUGUCAUGAUGGACUUUUUAACUCCUCACUGACCAUAUUAGAUGCGACAUACAGCCGCAUGGAGUAUUUACCAACCAGCAAGGCUGAAAUGGACCACCUGGGUAGUGCUGCUAAUAAGAAGAUUAAACCUCAUUUGUUGCUGAUCAGACUUUUGGGUUCUCAUUUUGAAGCUACCAUGUACAGAAGUGACCAUGUUCUGAAGAUGUUCACCCAGACGUUCAUUCUUGCACUCAAGGGUCUCCGCAACGGAAGUUUGCAUCCUUUUGCAAGACUUGCCAGAUUCGAGCUGAUUGAUUGUGCUUUGAACAUUCUAGCUGUUCACAUCAGUUUGAAAUCAAGAGACGUUGGAGAGCUGACAUCAGCAAUAUUGAAUGGUGCUUUAUCGUGGUUCAAGCUUCCGCAAAGCACUCCAUUUGGAGGAAACAAACUGAAGAUCAAAGCGGACUACAAGCUGCUUCAGACCAUAACUAGGAGAAUUGCGGGUUUGUAUUUCAAGCAAGGCUCCAGUUUCCUGUCCAAGAAAACGCUUUUGCUUGCCUUCCUAGAGCACGAAGUCUCAGUGAUCGCAUCUUGGCUGGACCCUCUCAAUCCUUCAGACCCAAGUGGAACCUACCUCACCUCUGUAGGAAAACCCGAGGUUCUGGAUGCAUUCUAUGCCAACCCCAGACUUGCAAUCAAUUUGGUCAAACGGUACAAGCUGACGAGUCUGAACUCAAUGCUUAGGGACUUACUUCUUAAACAUCCCUUGAAAGCUCUAGACGAGCCUUUUGCAGUUGAAUAUCUUCUACACUCGGAUUCUCGAAGCUACGGAAAGCCCUCGAAGCAUUUGCUUCUUUGGAGCCCAUUACCACCUGUGGACUCCAUCAAGUUAUUUAUGCCACCUUUCAACGACGACCCUUUCAUUCUCCAAUAUACCAUGAGAUCGCUUGAGAGCCACGAUGUGAACCUGACCUUUUUCUACGUGCCCCAGAUUGUGCAAUCUUUGAGACAUGACUCUAGAUUAGCAUAUGUUCGCAGGUUUAUCUUAGAAACUGCAAAGGUUUCGCAACUGUUUGCUCAUCAGAUCAUCUGGAAUAUGUUGGCCAAUAGAUUUAAGGACGAGGACUCUGAGGUGCCCGAUUCUAUCAAACCGACACUCGACGAGAUUAUGGAUGCAAUGUUGAAGACCUUUUCCAAGAAAGACUUCCUGUUCUACGAGCAAGAGUUCAGAUUCUUUGAGGAAGUCACAGGUAUAUCAGGCAAGCUAAAGCCUUACAUCAAGAAGUCAAAAGCAGAGAAAAAGGCCAAGAUUGACGAGGAAAUGGAUCGCAUCAUUGUCAAGCCUGGAGUAUACUUGCCUAGCAAUCCAGAUGGUGUUGUAGUCGAUAUCAACAGGAAGUCCGGAAGACCAUUGCAGUCACACGCCAAGGCUCCAUUCAUGGCAACCUUCAAAAUCAAAAAGGAGAUUCCAGAUCUGAGUGAUGAUUCGCAAUCGAAGCUAGUAACCAUUGAACAGUGGAUGAGUGCAAUCUUCAAAGUUGGCGAUGAUUGUAGACAGGAUGUUCUUGCCCUGCAACUUAUUUCCGUGUUCAGAACAAUCUGGACCCAUGCCGGCUUGGACGUGUAUGUCUUUCCUUACAGAGUCACGGCAACUGCACCUGGAUGUGGUAUCAUUGAUGUGCUUCCAAAUUCGGUGUCGCGUGAUAUGUUGGGAAGAGAGGCCGUGAACGGUUUGUACGAGUACUUCAUUUCAAGGUUUGGUCCUGAAAAUUCGACCGAGUUCCAAACAGCCAGAAACAACUUCGUCAAGUCUCUUGCUGCUUACUCGGUAAUUUCGUACUUGCUGCAGUUCAAAGACCGUCACAACGGUAACAUCAUGUACGAUGAUCAGGGUCACAUUCUUCACAUUGACUUCGGGUUCUGUUUUGACAUUGUUCCAGGAGGAGUCAAGUUCGAACAAUCUCCGUUCAAACUGACCAAAGAGAUGGUUAGAGUCAUGGGUGGUGGUCAAGACACACAGGCAUACAAAUGGUUCGAAGAGCUGUGUGUCAAGGCCUUCCUAGCGUGCAGACCAUACAUGGACACCAUCAUCAACUGUGUUGUUCCUAUGACGGAAAGCGGGCUUCCCUGUUUCAAGCCAGCCACCAUCAAGAAACUGAGAGCAAGGUUUGUUCCAGAAAAGUCUGAGAAGGAUGCUGCUAUCUUCAUGCAGGGUCUGAUCAAGAAGUCUUUUGAAAGUGCGUCCACGAAGGGUUAUGACGAGUUCCAAAGAUUGACAAAUGGUAUUCCAUAUUGA